GUCACUCCGCCCCGUGCUCUCGGUGAGCGCCGCGGCUGCCGUCGGCUCGAUCCUGAGGGCGCUCACGGCGCUCGCAGCCUCAACACCAACACACCCAGCCUCCUCACCACCACCACUCACACGAACGCGGCCACCAUGGACCCGGCUCGACAGGAGGUGGACGCACAGUCUCUGCGUGACUACGGGCUCCAGAUUCGCUUCAUCGAGGACUUUGCCAACGCGCCGGCUCACAGAGGCGGGGGGAACCCUUUGAGCGAAAUGAAUUCCUCCUCCUCCUACGGCGUGCAGAUCAGCAUCCAGGGCAUCAAGGGCCAGCCCUUUGUGGUGCUCAACUCGAGCGAGCAGCCCGAGGGCGGCCUGCCGGACCCCCCGAAGCUCACACUGCCGGAGCCCAAAACGAAAACCGCCGAGAGCCUCCUGGCCCUCAACUCAAACGGUUCUUCGGUGACCACCGAAGACCCUCUGCACAAGAAAACUGAGUACACGAGGCCAGAAUUCAUGCGGGCGCGAGAACAGGCACGAUCCACAGCACUGAAGGGUCAGAGUUCAAGCCAGAAGCUGAACUUUCAGAAAAAACCUUGGAUCCUUCAGCCGUACAGGCCGGCCGACAAGGCACAAUCAUGUGUGGAUGGGCAAGAGAGGGAGAAAAAUCCAAAAGUCGGGGUGACGCAGCCGGCGGUGAAAGGGGAGGCCAACGGUGUGGGAAGCGCGCUUGCAGGUCAAGCCACAAGAGUCAUCGACAGCGCAAGUGUGCGGGGCCCCCCAUUGCCCGCGGCCGGGAAGACGCAGGAGUUGUGGGGAAGGCGGAGCGGGGACAAACCUCCGGUGACGCGGUCGGUGUCGAGCAUGAGCGAGGAGUCUGGCAGGGCCGGCAGCGACGUGGACAGCCUCGGGCGCUCCAACGCGAGCUCCGCGUCCUCGCGCUCGCGAGCGUCUCCCGAGCGGCCGCCGCUUCGAUCGCCGUCCGAGGACGGCCUCGACGAGCUGCGUGGGGAGAGCGCCAACCGCCACGAGAACCGGCGCUACAUCCCGUUCCGCGCGGGCACGGGCCGCGACAUCGACUCGGGACACAUCCUGUCCAUCGAGGAGCUCAUCGGGCAGUUCGACGAGGCCAGCGCGGCGGUGCGCGGGCGUCCCCGAAGGCGCACAAAGAUCUCGGCAGGCGACCGCGUGCGCUCACGCAGCCUCGAGAACUUCUCGAGCGCUCGGUCUGGCGAGCGGGAGAAUCGGACCGAGAGGAGCCGCGUGGAGCUCGACGGCCCGAGGAGCGGCGUGUGGUGGGGGCAGGCGAGCGCGGGCGGUCACGACCCCCUUCUGGAGCCGCACGCGAAGGUGGCCACCGCCGCCGUGACGAGCUCCAUGCGGCUUACGUUGGCGUCCCGAGCGGAGGCCACCGGCGGCGGCUCCGUCGGCGCCAAGCAGCUCGUGACCACCCCGGACCUGUUGCGCGACCAGACCGACGUUUCCCAGGAGGCCAGCGCCAAGCAGUUCCUGUACAGCGUCCUGCGGGAGGGGAACAGCGAGAGCGCGGAGAGCACCCACCGCAAGGUGAACCUGGUGUUUGAGAAGAUCCAGACCCUGGGCUCGAAGCGCUCGCAGAGCGUGAGCGUGCAGACCGAGCAGGCGUACGUGGCUGUGGCGGAGCUGCACACCGUGCAGGCGGAGCGAGCGCAGCUGCAGCAGCAACUCCGAGAGGUGGGCAGCCGCGCGUCGCACGAGGAGAAGAGCCGUGCGGAUGCACAAGCAGAGCUGGCCAAGCUGGAGGAGAGCCUGGCGGCGGCGCGGAGGGACGCAGACGACAAAGCCCAGGAGGUGCAGCGCUGGCGUGAGCAGCUGGAGCGGGCGGACGCCCGCCUCGCAACAACGCAGCACUCGCUGGAGGAGGUGGAGGGUGAGCGCUCGGCCCUGCAGCGCGAGAUGCGGGACCUGAAGAGCCAGCUGUCGGAAAUGCACGACGAGCUGGACCAGGCCAAGCACUCGGCGGCGGAGCAGGAGGAGAGGAAGACGCUGCUGCAGGAGUUGCAGCGGCUGGGCGAGGUGGAGGAGAGCUUGCGGCGGCGCGAGCGCGAGCUGGCGGCGCUGCGCGCGGUGCUGCGCCAGGAGGUGGAGACGCGCGAGCGCGAGAUGGACGAGCAGCGACAGCGCCACGCCGACUCCGCCAGCAAGGCCCAGCAGAAGCUCGAGGCCUCCGCCCAGCGGGUGCUGGAGCUGGAGGCGAGUGCCGGGGAGUCGGGCCGAGCCCGCUCCGUGGCGGAGCAGCAGGCGCGGCGCGCCGAGGCGGAGCUGUCGGAGCUGCGGCAGGAGCGCGAGAGGCUGCAGGCCGAGCUCCUGCAGCUGAGGCCGGCGCUGGAGGCGGCGCGCAGCGACGAGGACACGUGGAAGGGCCGGCUCGGCCGCCUCGAGGCGGAGCAAGCUCGUAAGGCAGAAGCCCUGGAGAAGGCCGAUGCCCUGGAGGUGGAGAUGGAGGCUGCCCAGCGGACUCUACAGACUCAGCUGGAGGAACUGGAGCGCAAGUGCAGCAGGCUGCAGGCUGAGCAGCAGGAGCUGACUGCACGGCGGCAGAGCUCGGAGCGCCAGCGGGAGGAGCUGAGGCAGGAGCUGGAGCACGAGAGGGAGAAGGCCCAGCAGCAGGAGCGCGCCCUGGAGAGACUCCGCAACGAGCUCUCCGAAUCGAGCGAGACAUCGGCCAGGGCUGUGAAGCUGCGCACCGAGUUUGAGGAGCUGAGGGAGAAGGCUUGGAGGGACUCGGCCGACCUGCAGAGGCUGCUGCAGGAGAAGGCCCAGGCCCUGGAGGUGUCGAUCCAGCACAACACGAGGUUCCAGCAGGAGCUCAAGAAGGUCGAGCGGGACGUGGAGCGCGAGCGUGGCGAGCGGGAGGCGGCCGAGCUGGAGAACCGCCGCCUCGACCGCAGCCUCCAGGACAUGCGCCUGGAACUCAGCUCGGCCGCUCUGCGCAAGGACAACCCGCGGCAGGUCAAGGCCCUCGAGGAGCGGGUGAGCACUCUGCAGGCCGAGCUGGAGGAGGAGAGGGAGAACGUGGAGCUCCUGACAGACAAAGCCGAGUGGGCGAGGGAUCAGUUGCUCACAGAGUUAAGCCCCGACCGCCAGGUGAUGGCGGGGACGACGGCCCCUAAACCCUUCUGCUUCUGA